AUGUCGCAUCUGACCCCGGAUCACUUCAUACUACGACAAGCGUGUGAACUGGAUCUCAUCGACGCGGGCUCAGGUCGUCUUGAGCCAUUAGACGACCUCUUCAACUCUUGUACCUUCCCUUCUCUCAAGCGCGCGGUCAUCUAUCGCUUUGUACAUCGGCCCAUUCAGCCGCUCUACGACCAACCAAGGAUUCAGGCACCCCAGCUGCGCUCACUACACCUAAGGAACACCUUCUAUCGCUGGACAUCGUCGGUCCUGAAUUCUUUGAUAUUGGGAGACCCCGAAGAUCCCAUCUAUACCGACAGCAUCAUACUUGAUAAUGUUCAUCUCACUUACAUGCUACAGACAUCUGCUACCAGUCUUGAAUCACUCACUCUGAGCGGAUUCCUUCUGCAAGAGGACGGCGACUCAGAUGACAAUGCCAUCCCUGCGAUUGCAUUGAUGCGGCUCCGAUACCUGCGCAUAGACGCGGAAAUCCUUUCUGGAGAGGAAGACUGGGAGCUAUACUCGAAAGUUCUGGCUGCCGUCGAGCUGCCGCCGACGGCGAAGGUAGUGCUCACUUCGCAUUCAACAGGUGGUGACGACGUUCACUACGAGCUGGGCACGGACGAGUUCAUGGACACCGACGCCAACAUCGUGAAGGACUGCCUCCGAGUCAAACAGGGAUGCAAUCUCGACGGCCUUGUCAUCUCGGGCCGUCCAGACCCGGAAACUCCUCUCUAUGAAGAAGGGCUCGCGUUCACGUUCUACUCCGAUGUCAACGGGCGACUACCGGCGCUGGACAGAAUUAAGGAUGGGAUUGACCAGUCACAGUCGGCGCUUGUCACGUCCUUUAGGUUUAUGACGGGACCGGGAUACGACCCCUCCCUCGCGUAUCUGAACACGUUGCACCUAUUCCACCCCGCCAUCCUUUCCCAGCUCACCGCAAUGGCGUAUAUGGCGACCUUCAGCUUUGAAGACCAACUACAAUGCAGGUUCGCCUUUUCGUCGCUGCUAAACGCGAGCACUCACGUCCGUACAUUCGCUCUCCGAGACGCUGUUUUGAGUGCAAGCGAAGACUCGCGUCUCGAGGACAGAAACCCUUGGCGAUCUCUCGUGCACAUGCUCGGUUGUCCGAUCCUUCCAGAGUUGGAGUGCCUGAUAUUAUACGACGUGGUCGAUCUUCGCGGUCUCCCCGACAUUUUGGGAUCGCGGAUGCGCUCAUUGCGUCAAGUCGGUUGGCCCGUCGCGAAACUGAGGGAGCUGAGGCUGCACGUACUAUUGGGAGCUCACGACGAGGCAAGCUCAGGUGGAGGUGGACUGGACGUGCCAGUGAUGCUUCCGCCGACGUUGUAUGAGUACGCGGAGUCUGUGGUACUGUACAAACAUUGA